UCUCCACUUUAUCGGCACCAAUCCGCGCGCGUUUUUCGGCUUUACAGCGAGUUACCACGUGGGUGAAGUUUUGUGUUUCUGUGCUGAAGUGAAUGAGUUAUCUAGUGUGAAAGUGUACUUCCAUCUAUUGUAGUAAGUUCACUCCGGGCAAAUUUGAGAGAGAGAGAGAAAACUUAUGAGGGUUUUCAUUCAUAAAAACGGGCUUCUAUUUGCUAAGUGCGCUCAUUGGUAUUACUGGUGGCGCUCUAGAAUAAUAUUCAGUCGAUACGCAGUGUAAGUAGACGGAUUGGCACUCGAUCGGGUAGACUUAUGAAUGUGGCGUGCAGAGAAAUAUGUGAAGUGAAGUGCUAUUUACUAAAGAUGUUAAUCUAGAUUAGUAUUCCCGUAAUCUGUAGGCGGUGUCGUGAUUGGUGAAGAGAUUUCAAAGCCUUACUGAUAGUGCGGUUGUAGUGGAAAUGUGGAAAAUGUGCAGAAUAUCGUUAACCUUUAUGGCGCUGUUUAGCUGUGAAGUGCAGGGCGUUACAAAUGAAACGCUUCAGAGUGCAAAGCAGCCGAUAGGAUCUGACGUUAGCCCGUGGGAUAAUGCCAAGGAGUGCUCCUUACCGCUAGUGGUUUGUAUUGCGGACGGUUGUUUGCGUGGUACGAGUAUGGAUGGCUUUUUGGGUGAACCGUUCGAUGCAUUUAUUGGAAUCCCGUACGCUAAGCCACCGGUCGGGAAAUUACGAUUUGCGAAUCCCGUACCGAACGAUCGCUGGAAGGCAGGCACGAUAUAUAAUGCAACUGCGGAAAAACCGAUGUGCACUCAGAAAAAUGAUCUCGUCCCGAACGCACAGGUCCAAGGAAAUGAGGACUGUUUGUACCUAAAUGUGUACCGACCGAAGGGUCAAAACAACACCAAGGCUGCUCUACCGGUGAUGGUGUACAUUCACGGCGGAGGAUUCUUCUCGGGCGGUGCCAGUCCUUCGAUUCUCGGUCCGGAGUACUUUAUGGACACGCGGCGAAUGAUUUUGGUCACCCUACAGUAUAGGCUUGGGGUGUUCGGUUUUCUGUCCACCGGAGACGCUCAGGCACCGGGUAACUUCGGACUGAAAGAUCAGGUUAUGGCAUUGCAAUGGGUGCGCAAGAAUAUUGCCGGCUUUGGGGGCAAUCCGGAGCUGGUGACUAUUUUCGGACAGAGCGCAGGCGGUGCUUCGAUACAGAUGCAUAUGAUAAGCCGUAUGAGCGAGGGACUUUUCGCGAGAGCUAUCAUGAUGAGUGGCAGCGCGAUUGCACCCUGGAGCUUUCCAACCGCGAAACCACUGGAUCUAGCUAUCCGACAAGCGGAAGCGGUCGGAGUGCCGUGUGCGCGGAAUCUCUCAUCCAAGCAGAUUGUUGAUUCGUUACGCGAUGCAGAUGCAAAUGCGCUAUCGAAAAGCAUUGAUGAGCUUAAGUUUUGGUCUAUUGACCCCCUCACUCUGUACCGGCCGGUGGUGGAGUCCGCCAGCUGGUCGGACCAGGCUUUUCUAGUGGAGGAUCCUCGAGUGUCGUGGCGGAAGGGCAAUUAUCAGCAAUUGCCGUGGAUGGCCAGUUUCGUACCGAAUGAGGGCGCCGUUCGUUCAAUCGCCAUCACAUCGAAUGAGCAAUUGCUCAAAGAACUAAACGCUAAUAUUAGCUAUCUACUGCCGAUGCUGCUAGAAAAAGAACCCUCCGAGGAGCUGAUGCAAAUACUGACGAAGCGCUUUUUCAACGAUACUCUCGAGGGGCCUUUGAUUACCGAAAAAAAUGCCUUCCGUUUGAUGGAUCUGUACACAGAGGCGGGAUUUGCCUACCCAAUUCAAUCGUCCGUGAAGGAGCACGUAAAGUUCGCCAACGUCAAGCGGGCUCCGGUCAGUGUUUACAAGUUUAGCUUCAAGGGUCGCUACUCCUAUUCGCUUUACUAUACCUUCACGCAGCAGGACUACGGUGUGGUGCACUGCGACGAUUUAAUCUACCUCUUCCGGGCGCCGCUGCUAUUCCAGGAUUUUCCCCCCGAUUCGAAGGAGGCACAGAUGUCGAACAACUUAGUUAAUUUUUUCAUCGAUUUCGCCAUCAACGGAGUGGCAACUGAGCUGAAGCCUUACCGGCAGUGUGAGAACGACAACGAGGUGCAUCAUUCGAUGGUAUGUGAUGUACUCGAGUUCACCAAUUCGGUCGAUGCUGGGAAGGCCUUCGAUGUGCGUGUCUUCAACGGGCAGAACGAAGAUUUGUUCGCGUUUUGGAACAAAUUUUACUGAGUGGAAUGCACGACCCGCUGGGUUGAAUUAAGUUAAGUUAGGAGGUGACUAAGAAACAUUGUGAUAGUUGGAAAAUAGUAUUGUAAGAAGUGUUUAGAAAGAAAGCAAUUUAUUUUUGUUAAAAAGCGAAUAUGUUGUUGAAUUUUGUUAAUAUUUUUGGUACUGAUAUUUUU